GAAAUGUACCAAAUACAAUUUGUUUAAUUAGUGACUGCUUAAUCAUAAUCAGUUAGCAAAAAAAAAAGCAGAGAAAAAAUGGUGAAGAUAGCUAUUGGUAGUAUUGGAGACUCUUUCAGUGUUGGCUCUAUUAAGGCGUAUCUGUCUGAGUUCAUUGCCACUCUUCUUUUUGUUUUUGCUGGUGUUGGCUCUGCUAUCGCUUUCGGUAAGCUUACUUCAGAUGGAGCUCUAGACCCACCAGGCCUGGUUGCUAUAGCAGUGGCUCAUGCUUUUGGACUCUUUGUGGGAGUAGCCAUAGCAGCCAACAUCUCAGGUGGACACUUGAAUCCAGCUGUCACCUUCGGAUUGGCUGUUGGAGGACACAUCACCGUCAUAACUGGCAUCUUCUACUGGGUUGCCCAGUGCCUUGGCUCUAUUGUAGCCUGCCUUCUCCUUCAGUUCGUUACUAAUGCAAAGAGCAUUCCAACCCAUGGAGUAGCUGCAGGCAUGGGAGCUAUUGAGGGAGUCGUGAUGGAAAUUGUGAUUACCUUCGCACUAGUUUACACAGUCUACGCCACAGCAGCUGACCCCAAAAAGGGUGAUUUGGGAAUCAUCGCACCAAUUGCAAUUGGGUUCAUAGUUGGUGCUAACAUCUUAGCCGCUGGCCCAUUCAGCGGUGGCUCGAUGAACCCAGCCAGAUCAUUUGGCCCAGCUGUGGUUAGCGGUGACUUCUCUCAGAUCUGGAUCUACUGGGUUGGCCCAUUAGUUGGAGGUGGGCUAGCUGGGCUUAUUUAUAGUGGCAGCUUCAUUGGUUCCUACUCUGCUGCUCCAUCUUCUGAGGAGUACGCCUAAGGCUAAAGGGGGUUUUCAUAGGUUCAUUUCACCCAACAAUUUGGCAAAAAAGUAUAAAAAAUGUUCAAAUUCACACUUUAUAAACAAACUAUCAAUUUGUUCAUUUUGGGUCAAUUCACACCCUAAUUUGAGGUUGAUUUUGAUGAUCAAGGGUGUGAACUGAUCCAAUAUUGACAAUAUGUGGGAUUUUUUGUCCUAAAAUAUAAAUUUGGAUGUUUUAAAAAUUCUAUGCCAAUUUGGAGGGGUUAAAUGACCAGUUUGUUGUUUUUCAAAUUUUUACUCAGUGGUUCUGUUUGUUGGUGUCUUUCUUUUGGGUAUGGGCUGAGUGAGCUUGUGCUGGGUAAGAAGAAAAGUGUAAAUAAUAAGUUGGAUCAAGUUUGCCGUUUGGCAUUUGUUUGAAUGAAUCUGUUUUAUCUUUC